AUGAAUGUACAGUACUUGGUGAUAGUUUUCCUAGUGAGUGAAUUGUUUGGUGUGAAUGCUAGGAAAGGCUGUGAUAAUGUGAGGGCUCCAUUGAAUGGCUUGAGAAAGAGGAGGCAUUUGACCUUCCCUGAAGGAACUGCUAUGGUUUUGACGAUGUCGGUGCUAAAAGCAAUAAUGGUGCACGCUCCAUCAGGCUGGAAUGUUGCAGUUGAAAUCGACGUCAUUUACCCACUGUUGAGCCCAGAAGUGACAAAUGCUUUAUUCAGGAAGAAGCUUCACCAUCGACAGAAGAGAGAAUUUUGGGAGAAGAUGCAAAAUGCUCUUGAAAGUUACAACUUGAACGGUCGCUCCUGUAUUUAUCGAAGCAUAUGUGAAGCUAGAACACAUUUGGCUCCACCGGGAAAGUCUUUGGUGCAUGACAUUUUAAGGGCGAUAUUCUUUGCCCCAGUUCACGAAGAAGGAUUUAAGGACGAAGUUAAUGAAACUUAUAACGAACUAUUGGAACCAAGUAUUUGUGAAAGAAUCCACGACUGCCCCAUUUCACUAUUGGAAAUUAUUUUACGUUUGAAUAAAAAUGCUUACAGUUGA